GUCUGUUUCAAACGUCAUCCAAUGUUUUAAUUUGUGUGUUUGUGUGUGUAGAGUGCAACAUUGAGUGAAAUGAAUUUAAUUUCUGUUGCCCCUUGUCAAGAUGCCGUGGAGCACGCUCAGUGCGGUGUUUGGUGUGCGACGUGUGUAUGAGGGGAAAAGUAUCGAUAACGAUAAUUUUUGUGUGUUUUCUACGCUUAUUUUUUUUCGCCCCACUCUUCGUGUAUUUUUUGUUUUAUCUCAAUGUUAACAAGGGUAGACCGGUUCGAGAAGAAAAGCGCAAUUAAAACCGAGAAGAAAAGUCAAUCGAAAAUAGGAUGGCGAUACCGCGUAACCUUGGCAACGGAUUGGGGCAGCUUUGAUCAGCUGUCAAAUGGGAUACCAGCAGUGGAGCAAAUAAUUGGCGCUUGGCCAGACGAUUCGGUGUGGUAUCGAUGUGUGGCUUCUUAUCUCGCGCGAAUAACAAAGUCGUUUGUAAAUCAUUCCUAAUGCGACAAGAAUCUCUUGAUCGUACGGCGCGAUAAGCGAUGAGUGUUCGGGGGUGUCUUGAAUCGAAUUGUGAGCCUUUUUUCUGGAGUGAUGCAAUUUGAAAAGGAAAAACACAAACAUGUUCCAACCGUCGGAAGUGCGUAAUUCAUACUGCAAUCAAGUAGCGUCCACGGGGGAAACAUUCCAACAAUUUGUUGAACCACUUAGGUGGUGGGCUCGCAAAUCAAAACUACUUGAAACAACUAAAUAAGAGUGACGAGUAGCAAAUAGAGCAGCAAGGUGCAAACAGUGCUCCCAGAAAAAACAACCCUAUUCCGUCAAUAACGAUGAUCCCGGGAUCGUGACCUAAACUAUUGCGAAGAAGCGCACGCUUCUGAUACGGUUUAUCGGUUAUAAUCUGUGCGAAUUAGUGCUAUCUUGACCGGGCGCGAGGGAGAGAGAUUAGGCGACCGGACGGCAGUGUAUCGCGUCCGCUCGCAGUCGCGAAGCUAAUCGGACGGAUCGUGAAAGAUCCCACCGGUAUUAAUAAGGGACUGUUAUCGUGCAAACAAUCGAUCCAUCACAAUGAGUUUAGAAAGGGUGAAAAAGAAGCGAACCCCCCGACUGCGACGUGCCGUCUGUACUAUCCAGCACGACGCAGUAAUAAUGAUUCUCACGUUAAGAUUGUUUACAAAUGCGACACUUUGCUCAGGAUGUAAACCAAAUGUUAACUUGCUUCAAUUUCUUAUAUUUUGUCAAUAGUUUUACAGUACAUUACAGUACAUCGGAACCCAUUGCAGAGGAAGUGCUUCAUCUAUCGAUCGCACGGAACGAGCUAACGCUUGUACCCUCACCAACGCUGAAAAAGUUCCAAAAUGUGCGCCUCCUCUCGCUGAGUGGCAAUUUCUUCACCGAAUUCUCCAACGACACAGCCGAACACAACCGUUUGCCACUGCUGACCAAGCUGCGGGUGCUGGAUAUGCGCAACUGUAGCUUGCGCACACUGCCCGAAGCGUUCUUCCGCAAUGUAAACCUCGAGUAUCUGUUCCUGUCGCACAAUCGCAUCACAACACUGCCGGCGGAGAUAUUCUACCCGCUGCGCAGCCUGCUCCAUCUCGACCUGUCCAACAUGGAUACGCGGCGCACGGGCGAGGAGCGGAUCGAGAACCCGUUCAUGAAGCUGAUCGCGGGCGUCGACCUGCAUCAGGAUAUCUUUUUCCCGCUCAUCAGCCUGGUGUUUCUCGAUCUGUCGAACACGCGGCUUGAGUAUCAGGCGUUCAUUGCGCUGCGCUCGGUGCAGUGGCGCGUCCAGUACGUCAGCUACUGCAACAUUGGGCUGCCCGCGAUCGUCGACUAUCUGUUCGUGAGCAAAAAGAUCGCAAUGCUGGACAUUUCGUACAACGUGGGGGUAGCGCAGUCGCUGCACUCGGCCAGCUUCACGCUGCUGGCCGACAGUCUGGAGGUGCUGUACUUCAAGGACUCGAUGGUGCAGCAGCUGAACUGGCUGGUGCCGCUGCAGCGGCUGCGCGUGCUGAAUCUGCGCGGGAACAUACUGCGCAUGCUGCAGCGGGAAAGUUUCGCCAAUCUGACGCAUCUGGAGCAGCUGGACCUGAGCUACAAUUACAUCUCGGCCUGGAAUCAGCAGAUCCUCACCACUACCACCGCACUGCAGAGUGUAAAUUUGCGAAACAAUAGCAUCGUCAUUCUAACGACGGACAUGCUGUACGACUUCUCGCGCCUGUCGGCCAUGGGCCUUGGUGGCAAUACGAUCCAGUGUUCGUGCAAUUAUGUAAAGUUUUUGCGCAACAUUCUACACAACCGGACGGAUGUGGCGGGAGCGUACACGAUCUCGGCCGAGCCGCUCAUCGUGGGCAGACGGGGGUCGGGUACGAUCUCCAACAAGCUCUCGCUGCAGCACGUGCAGCUGUUCGACUACGAGGAGUCGGAGUAUCUGUGCAUGAACUUUACCAGCAAUCAGAAGCUCGAUCCGCUGGAGCUGCAGGACUGCAUGAUACCGGAGGAUGAGCUGAUCAAUUCGGAUAUUCCGGAGGAGGGCGAGGAUGAGCCAGCGCACGCGAAAAACCACACGCUGGUGUACAUACUGGUCAGUGUGGCGGUCAGCUUCCUUAUCCUUACCGGGGUUGGGCUGUUUUACUACUGGUUCCACAUAAAGUACUUCUUCAAGAUCAUGAAAAACUCGGCCGUGCUUAGCUUCUUCAACGACGAGAAGCUGUACCUGGACAAGAGCGGGUUGCUGAAGGAGGCCGACUUCCAUUACGAUGUGUUUGUAAGCUACAGCAAUGCGGAUCGGUCCUGGGUGUUGGAUCAUCUGCUGCCGAACAUGGAGGGAGUUAGUCAGAUCAAUCUUUGUCUGCAUGAGCGUGACUUUGAGGUUGGGUAUGGCAUAUUGGAGAACAUAAUAUCGUGCAUGGAUCGGUCACGCUGUCUGAUGCUGAUCGUUUCGGAAAGCUUUCUGCUUAGCCACUGGUGUCAGUUCGAGAUGCAUCUCGCUCAGCAUCGAUUGCUUGAAACAUGCCGCGAUGAGCUCAUUCUCGUGCUGCUGGAAGACAUCCCCAGGCGCAAGUGUCCGAAAACGCUUAGCUAUCUGCUGAAGACGAAAACGUACAUCAAAUGGCCCACCAAGUCGGUGCACGAGCAGGCACUGUUUUGGAAGCGAUUGCAUAAAACUUUGCUAACAUCGAAAGCAUAGCAUACCUUCAGGCGCACCUAUAUAUUCACCACACACUCACCACCCCGUAGCACAGUUUGCAUUGGCGCGAUUCUGCCGUUGUCGAAAGAGAUUGCUGCAAGCAUUUGUUGUGUGAACGUGACCAUAUCUAUUACGCAUAUACUGUUCAUGAUUGGCAUGAAGCAAUGAUUAAGAAAGUAUCUGCCCUCUUUAGGAGGAGUAUUAUCGUGUUAAUAAAUAGUUUAAAUAUAGUACAAAUUAUUGGUAUAACGUAA